CUGGGAGGGGAAAAACAGUAAGCCGGCACCAUGAGUACGGACGCGGAGAUGGCCCAAUAUGGCAAGGCCGCCAUUUACCUUCGUAAACCUGAGAGGGAGAGGCUUGAGGCCCAGGCUGCACCAUUUGAUUCUAAGAAUGCCUGCUAUGUGCCUGAUGUCAAGGAGUUGUACCUCAAGGGUCUGGUUGUUAAGAGGGAUGGCGGGAAGUGUGAUGUGAAAGUCCUUAUCACUGAGGAGGUUAAAACCUUCAAAGAAGAGGAAGUCUUGCAGAUGAAUCCUCCUAAAUAUGAUAAGAUUGAGGACAUGGCCAUGAUGACCUACCUCAGUGAAGCUACUGUCCUGUAUAACCUCAAAGAGCGUUAUGCCGCAUGGAUGAUCUACACCUACUCUGGGCUCUUCUGUGCCACGGUGAACCCCUACAAGUGGCUCCCUGUAUAUGACAUGGAUGUGGUCAACGCCUACAGAGGGAAGAAGCGUAUGGAGGCUCCACCCCACAUCUUCUCCGUCUCUGACAACGCCUAUCAGUUCAUGUUGACUGAUAAGGAGAACCAGUCAGUCCUAAUCACUGGAGAAUCCGGUGCUGGAAAGACUGUCAACACCAAACGUGUCAUCCAGUACUUUGCCACCAUUGCUGUUUCUGGAGGUGAGAAGAAGAAGGAACCAGUACCCGGCAAAAUGCAGGGUUCCCUUGAGGAUCAGAUCAUUGCAGCUAACCCUCUACUGGAGUCCUACGGUAAUGCCAAGACAGUGAGGAAUGACAACUCAUCUCGCUUUGGUAAAUUCAUUAGGAUUCACUUCCACAUGAAUGGAAAACUGGCAAGUGCUGACAUUGAGACCUACCUGCUGGAGAAGUCCAGAGUAAGUUUCCAGCUGCCUGAUGAGAGAGGCUACCACAUCUUCUACCAGAUGAUGACCAACCACAAACCUGAACUUGUUGAAAUGUCGCUUAUCACCACCAACCCCUAUGACUACCCCAUGAUCAGCCAGGGUCAGAUCACUGUGGCCAGUAUUGAUGACACAGUCGAGCUUGAUGCCACAGAUGAUGCUAUUGACAUCUUGGGCUUCACCGGUGAAGAGAAGAUGAGCAUCUACAAGUUUACCGGUGCUGUCAUGCACCAUGGAAACAUGCACUUCAAGCAGAAGCAGCGUGAGGAGCAGGCUGAGCCAGAUGGCACAGAGGUGGCUGAUAAAAUUGGCUACCUUCUGGGUCUGAACUCAGCUGAAAUGCUGAAAGCCCUGUGCUACCCCAGAGUGAAGGUCGGCAAUGAGUAUGUGACCAAGGGUCAGACAGUGCCUCAGGUGAACAAUUCCGUGAGUGCUCUGGCCAAGUCCAUCUAUGAGAGGAUGUUCUUGUGGAUGGUCGUCCGCAUCAACCAGAUGUUGGACACCAAGCAGCCAAGGAACUACUACAUCGGUGUGCUUGACAUUGCUGGUUUUGAGAUCUUUGACUACAACAGCAUGGAGCAGCUGUGCAUCAACUUCACCAAUGAGAAACUGCAACAGUUCUUCAACCACACCAUGUUCGUCCUGGAGCAAGAGGAGUACAAGAAAGAGGGCAUUGUCUGGGCUUUUAUUGACUUUGGCAUGGACUUGGCUGCCUGCAUUGAGCUUAUUGAGAAGCCAAUGGGCAUUUUCUCCAUCCUUGAAGAGGAGUGCAUGUUCCCCAAGGCUUCAGACACUUCCUUCAAGAACAAGCUGUAUGACCAGCAUCUUGGCAAGAACAAGGCAUUUGAGAAGCCUAAACCAGCAAAGGGCAAGGCUGAGGCCCACUUCUCCCUGGUCCACUAUGCUGGUACAGUGGACUACAAUAUCACUGGCUGGCUGGACAAGAACAAGGAUCCCCUGAAUGACUCUGUGCUUCAGCUGUAUGGAAAGUCCUCAACCAAACUGUUGGCCGCGCUCUAUGUUGCUGCUCCACCUGAGGAUACCACAAAGAAAGGAGGCAAGAAGAAGGGAGGUUCCAUGCAGACUGUGUCCUCUCAGUUCAGAGAGAACUUGGGCAAGCUGAUGACCAACUUGAGGAGCACCCACCCUCAUUUUGUGCGUUGUCUGAUCCCCAAUGAGUCAAAGACUCCAGGUCUUAUGGAGAACUUCCUGGUUAUCCACCAGCUGAGGUGUAAUGGUGUGCUGGAGGGUAUUAGGAUUUGCACAAAGGGCUUUCCCAGCAGAAUCAUUUAUGCUGACUUCAAGCAGAGAUACAAAGUAUUGAAUGCCGGUGUCAUCCCCGAAGGCCAGUUCAUGGAUAACAAGAAGGCUUCUGAGAAGCUGCUUGGGUCAAUUGAUGUGAACCAUGAGGAGUACAAGUUUGGACACACCAAGGUGUUCUUCAAAGCUGGUCUGCUUGGUGUCCUUGAGGAGAUGAGAGAUGAGAAGCUUGCUACUCUGGUAACCAUGACACAGGCUCUUGCCCGUGGAUACGUGAUGAGGAAGGAGUUUACCAAGAUGAUGGAGAGGAGAGAGUCUAUCUACACCAUCCAGUACAAUGUCCGCUCAUUCAUGAAUGUGAAACACUGGCCAUGGAUGAAGGUUUACUACAAAAUCAAGCCUCUCCUGCAAAGUGCUGAGACAGAGAAGGAGCUGGCCAACAUGAAAGAGGACUAUGAGAAAUGUAAAGUUAAUCUUACCAAGGCUGAGGCUCGCAAGAAGGAGCUGGAGGAGAAAAUGGUGUCCCUCAUGCAGGAGAAGAAUGACUUGGCUCUCCAAGUUGCAUCUGAAGCAGAGGGUCUGAAUGAUGCUGAGGAGAGAUGUGAGGGUCUGAUCAAGAGCAAGAUCCAGCUGGAGGCUAAACUCAAAGAGACAACAGAAAGGCUGGAGGAUGAAGAGGAGAUCAAUGCUGAGCUGACAGCCAAAAAGAGGAAGCUGGAGGAUGAGUGCUCUGAGCUGAAGAAGGACAUUGAUGAUCUGGAGCUUACCCUGGCCAAAGUGGAGAAGGAGAAACAUGCCACAGAGAACAAGGUUAAAAACCUGACUGAGGAGAUGGCAUCUCAAGAUGAGAGUGUUGCCAAGCUGACCAAGGAGAAGAAAGCCCUGCAAGAGGCCCACCAGCAGACACUGGAUGACCUGCAGGCCGAGGAGGACAAAGUCAACACUCUGACCAAGGCCAAGACCAAGCUGGAACAGCAAGUUGAUGAUCUUGAAGGUUCUCUGGAGCAAGAGAAGAAGCUCCGUAUGGACCUGGAGAGAGGCAAGAGAAAGCUGGAGGGAGACCUGAAACUGGCCCAGGAGUCCAUAAUGGACCUGGAAAACGACAAGCAGCAGUCUGAUGAAAAGAUCAAGAAGAAGGACUUUGAGACCAGCCAGCUCCUCAGCAAGGUUGAGGAUGAGCAGUCUCUGGGUGCCCAGCUGCAGAAGAAGAUCAAGGAGCUCCAGGCUCGUAUUGAAGAGCUGGAAGAGGAGAUUGAGGCUGAGCGUGCUGCCAGGGCCAAGGUGGAGAAGCAGAGGGCUGAUCUGUCCAGGGAACUUGAGGAGAUCAGUGAGAGGCUUGAGGAGGCUGGAGGCGCCACAUCUGCUCAGAUUGAGAUGAACAAGAAGCGAGAGGCUGAGUUCCAGAAGCUGAGACGUGACCUGGAGGAGUCCACCCUGCAGCAUGAGUCCACAGCUUCAGCCCUGAGGAAGAAGCAGGCUGACAGUGUGGCAGAGCUGGGAGAGCAGAUCGACAACCUGCAGCGCGUCAAACAGAAGCUGGAGAAAGAGAAGAGUGAAUACAAGAUGGAGAUUGAUGACCUUUCUUCUAACAUGGAGGCAGUUGCUAAGGCUAAGGGCAAUCUGGAGAAGAUGUGCCGUACCCUUGAGGACCAGCUCAGUGAGAUCAAGACCAAGAACGAUGAGAAUGUUCGCCAGGUCAAUGACAUCAGUGGACAGAGAGCCCGACUCCUCACUGAGAACGGUGAGUUUGGUCGCCAGCUGGAGGAGAAGGAAGCCCUGGUGUCCCAGUUGACCAGAGGCAAGCAGGCCUACACCCAGCAGAUUGAGGAGCUCAAGAGGCAUGUUGAGGAGGAGGUCAAGGCUAAGAACGCACUGGCCCAUGGUGUCCAAUCUGCCCGCCACGACUGUGACCUGCUGAGAGAGCAGUUUGAGGAGGAACAGGAGGCCAAGGCAGAGCUACAACGUGGCAUGUCGAAGGCUAACUCUGAGGUGGCUCAGUGGAGAACCAAGUAUGAAACUGAUGCCAUCCAGAGGACAGAGGAGCUGGAAGAGGCCAAAAAGAAGCUGGCUCAGCGUCUCCAGGAUGCUGAAGAGACCAUCGAGGCCACCAACUCCAAGUGUGCCUCUCUGGAGAAGACCAAGCAGAGGCUGCAGGGAGAGGUGGAGGACCUCAUGAUUGAUGUUGAGAGAGCCAAUGGCCUGGCUGCAAACCUGGAUAAGAAGCAGAGGAACUUUGACAAGGUUCUUGCAGAGUGGAAGCAGAAGUAUGAGGAGGGCCAGGCUGAGCUGGAGGGAGCUCAGAAGGAGGCUCGUUCUCUCAGCACAGAGCUCUUCAAGAUGAAGAACUCCUAUGAGGAGGCUCUUGACCAACUUGAGACUCUGAAGAGAGAAAACAAGAACUUGCAACAGGAGAUCUCUGACCUGACCGAGCAGAUCGGAGAGACUGGCAAAAGCAUCCAUGAGCUGGAGAAGGCCAGGAAGACAGUGGAGACAGAGAAGUCUGAGAUCCAGACGGCUCUGGAGGAGGCUGAGGGAACACUGGAGCAUGAAGAGUCCAAGAUUCUGCGUGUGCAGCUGGAGCUGAACCAGAUCAAGGGUGAGGUGGACAGAAAGCUGGCAGAGAAGGAUGAGGAGAUGGAGCAGAUCAAGAGGAACAGCCAGAGAGUGCUGGACUCCAUGCAGAGCACCCUGGACUCUGAGGUCCGCAGCAGGAAUGAUGCUCUGAGAAUCAAGAAGAAGAUGGAGGGAGACCUGAAUGAGAUGGAGAUCCAGCUGAGCCAUGCUAACCGCCAGGCUGCUGAGUCCCAGAAGCAGCUGAGGAAUGUUCAGGGGCAGCUCAAGGAUGCCCAGUUGCACCUGGAUGAUGCCGUCCGGGCCGCAGACGACAUGAAGGAACAGGCUGCCAUGGUGGAACGUAGAAAUGGUCUGAUGGUGGCUGAGAUUGAAGAGCUGAGAGUGGGUCUGGAGCAGACAGAGAGAGGCCGCAAAGUGGCCGAGCAGGAGCUGGUGGACGCCAGUGAGAGAGUGGGACUUCUGCAUUCCCAGAACACCAGCCUGUUGAACACCAAGAAGAAGCUUGAGACUGACCUGAUUCAGGUGCAGGGAGAGGUGGACGACAUUGUCCAGGAGGCCAGAAAUGCUGAGGAGAAGGCCAAGAAGGCCAUCACUGAUGCGGCCAUGAUGGCAGAAGAGUUGAAGAAGGAGCAGGACACCAGCUCUCACCUUGAAAGGAUGAAGAAGAAUCUUGAAGUGACAGUCAAGGACCUGCAGCACCGUCUGGAUGAAGCAGAGAACCUAGCCAUGAAGGGUGGCAAGAAGCAGCUCCAGAAACUGGAGUCCAGGGUGCGUGAGCUGGAGACUGAGGUUGAUGCUGAACAGAGGAGAGGUGUAGAUGCAAUCAAGGGAGUCCGCAAGUAUGAGCGCAGAGUCAAGGAGCUGACAUACCAGGUAACAACACAGUCAAAAACAUUAUAUGUUGAUACAACAGUAUAUGUUGAUACAAAUAAUUUUUAUUUACCUUAUCAUCUGCUUCAGACUGAGGAGGAUAAGAAGAAUGUAACCAGACUUCAGGACCUGGUGGAUAAGCUGCAGCUUAAAGUGAAGGCUUACAAGAGACAGGCUGAGGAGGCGGAGGAGCAGUCCAACUCCCACAUGUCCAAGUUCAGGAAGGUUCAGCAUGAGCUGGAGGAGGCUGAGGAGCGUGCCGACAUUGCUGAGUCUCAGGUCAACAAGCUCAGAACCAAGAGUCGUGACUCUGGAAAGGCAAAAGAAGCGGAAUAGACACUAACCUGAGCAAGACCCUAUGCCUAAACAUUGCUAUGUUUCAUAAAAUAUGGUUUACAUUGUGAUAUUUUGAGGUAAAAAAUAAAUAAAAGAAACAAUCUUCAAAA